UGGAACAGGUCCGACAGGUGGAACAGGAACAGGAACUGAAAAUAUCUGGAUACGACGCUGACAAACACUUACAACAUGGACCCACCUGGACCUGGCCCCGGGUGUAAACCCAGACCUGAACCUGCUCCCAGCUCUCUGUCUCUGAAAAGUGAUGAGUCCAGACACCUUCCUCCUGUAUUUAAAGAAGCUCCUCCUGAGGACCAGAGCACUUACAACAUGGACCCAACUGCACCUGGCCCCAGGUCUAAACCCAGACCUGAACCUGCUCCCAGCUCUCUGUCUCUGAAAAGUGAUGAGUCCAGAAACCUUCCUCCUGUAUUUAAAGAAGCUCCUCCUGGUGACGAGAGCGAGCCAGGCCCAAAGGAGCAGCUGGACACCAUAUUCAGGCGUCUAGAGGAGGAUGUCCUGACUUUCGUCAAAGCACAACUGCAGAGGCUUCACAGGGUCCUGGCCUCAGAUUACCCAGAAUGCUCUGAGAGUGAGGAAGAGGAGGAGCAGAGCAGCAGAGAGGUUCUGAACAUCACCCUGGACUUCCUGAGGAAGAUGGACCAGGAGCAGCUGGCCCAGCGCCUGCAAAACAGAAACAUUGUUGGAGUUUGUGGAGAUAAACUGAAGAGGCAUCUGCAGGAGAAGUUUGGUCGUGUGUUUGAGGGCGUGGCUAAAGCCGGAGUCUCUGCCCCCCUGACCCAGAUUUACACAGAGCUCUACAUCACAGAGGGCGGGACAUCAGAAGUCAACCAGGAACAUGAGGUCAGACACAUGGAGACUGCGUCCAGGAGACCGGCCGCUCCAGAGACCACCAUCACAUGUGAAGAUCUCUUUAAAGCCCGCCCACAUUCACCAGAGCCAAUCAGAUUUGUGCUGACGAAGGGCGUGGCCGGCGUGGGGAAAACAGUGCUGACUCAGAAGUUCAGUCUGGACUGGGCUGAAGGCCGGGCCCACCAGGACCUCCAGCUGCUGUUCCCGUUCACUUUCAGAGAGCUCAAUGUGCUUAGGGACAAAGAGUUCAGCCUGGUGGAGCUGCUGCACCACUUCUUCAGUCCAUCCAAAGAUCUCUGCAGGUUCCAACAGCUCCAGGUGCUCUUCAUCUUUGAUGGUUUGGAUGAGUGCAGACUUUCUCUGGACUUCAGUCGAACUCAGGUCCUAACCGACCCCACAGAGUCUGCCUCAGUGCACGUGCUGCUGGUGAACCUCAUCAGGGGGAGCCUGCUUCCCUCCUCUCGUCUCUGGGUAACCACACGACCCGCCGCGGCCAAUCAGAUCCCUGCUGAGUGCGUCUCCAUGGUGACAGAGGUGCGAGGGUUCACCGAACCACAGAAGGAGCAGUACUUCAGGAAGAGGUUCAGAGACCAGGCCACAGCCAUCAUCUCCCACAUAAAGAGCAUCCGCAGCCUCCACAUCAUGAGCCACAUCCCGAUCUUCUGCUGGAUCCUCUCCACAGUUCUACAGAAGCUUCUGGAACAAACAGAGGAGCCAGAGUUGCCCCGGACUCUCACACAGAUGUACAUCCACUACCUGGUGGUGCAGGCCAAAGUCCAGAACAUCAAGUAUCACCAGGGAACAGGGGUGGACCUUCACUGGACUCCAGAAACGAAGGAGAUGGUGCGGACUCUGGGAAAGCUGGCCUUUGAGCAGCUGCAGAAAGGAAAUCUGAUCUUCUACGAGAGUGACCUGAGCGAGUGUGGGCUGGACGCUGUAGCGGCCUCAGUGUACUCCGGAAUGUUCACACAGGUUUUAAAGAGGAGCCAGGCCUGUACCAGGACAAGGUCUACUGCUUCAUCCAUCUGAGUGUGCAGGAGUUU